AUGACUGCUUCCUCUCCAUCCCACCCACCUUUUCCUCAUGUUGCGACAAAGGCCGCUUCCACUGCUCAGGCUUCUCAAUUGAACGCCCUUGCCGACAACAAAGUCGCUCCCGGCCAGUCUUCCUCUCGCAUACCCCCGACAGGCCCCAAGCACCGUCGAGAUACUCCUGCCUCAGCGCAGGACUCAACCUCAGAGAGGGCGACCCUAUCCUUGAUCAAGAGGACGUUGGUGGCAGAUGGAAACCACGGCAUAGCCUCUCGGACUUCUCCUGCGCCCAUUGAAGGCAUAUUGCCUCCACUGACCAGUUCCAACGACGUCGAUGUGCAGCUUUAUGCCAUCGUCGCUAUAAUCAUCAAGAACUUUGUCAACUCUUGGUACUCCAAGAUUACUCCGGACCGUACCUUUGUCGAUGAAGUGAUUCAGAUAAUUGCACAUUGCAGUCGAGCAGUGGAACAGAGAUUAAGACAGAUUGACGUCACGGAAUUGAUAUUGGACGAUGGUGCUGCUUUGGUCGAAAGGCACGUCGUUGCCUACCGCACAGCCACUACCGCCCAAGCUGCUCUACAUUAUGGAGAAAGCCCACGUCGAAUCUAUCACGCUCUGAAUCCACAUCCAGCUCUCGACCCUUCGCUGACAGAAGAGGAGCAGAAGAAGUACGAGUCGGCCUACCGCCAGCUACUCAUUCAAGGCGCACUGGCAGUGCUCCUGCCAACCGAGGACCUGGCCAACACUUGUCUCAGGACAUUGGUGACCGACAUCAUUGCCGACUUGAUCCUGGGACGGGCACUGGCGGACAAAGUAUGCGAGCCGUGGUUUCUUCAUGGCGUGGCCUCAAAAGUGGUGGGGAUCGUGACAUCGCGUGCGACAGGCGAAACCACCGUCGACGAAAAGGCCUCACAACAUGAAGAACGCACAAGCCGACUUGAGAAAUUCGGCCUAUUGUCUUCGAAAACGGCGGAUCAGGAAACUAAUUCGUCAGAACGACACCAAUCACCGGCUAGUGCGUGGGUUUGGAGACUCCUUCAGUACGCUUUUAUUGCAUAUCAGUCCUUGCGAUUUAUUCUCGUCGGCAUAGUGCACGCCCAGCAUGUAGCCGGGAGAGGUGGCCACAGUCAUUUCCUCGACGUCUCCACCUCCGCCUCGUCGUCCUGGCAUUCGCACAAGUCUCCCGCUCCCUCAACGCGGCGCCUAUCGGAUGCCAAUUCUGGAUCUCCCCGAGCGGUCAUCAAUUACAGGUUGUUCUCCUGCAUCUCUACGAUCCUCGAUUUGUCAGUCCGCAUGCCGUGGCUGGCAAGUUCAUUGAGUUUCUGGCAACAUGCUCUCAGCGAAGGGCCUGGCAGAUAUGGAAGUGCAAAUUCAACGCUUGACAAGUAA